AUGUCGCUGAAUUACAACCUUCACCCAGUGACAUACUUGAACGCUACCGCUGAAAAGGUCAUGGACUCAGAGGUCGACUUUGACCUUGACGCCGUUUCAGAUGCUGUUUCUACCAAUUCCCCAACCACUCAGUCAUCAAACGGCUCUCCACAAACUUCCUUCACAUCCCAGUCUUCCGCCAACUCCCCUGUGCUGCAAGCUUCUUCUUUCGGCAAGGAGUUCACGAAUGCCCACUUUGGUGCUCGUGCCACUGGUUUUGCUGGUACUGCUUUUGAACCAGCUGUGAAGCAGGAGUCCCUGAACUCUCAGCAACCUCAACCUCACUCCCACGCCCACCCUCACGCUCAUCCUCACAACCAUGCUCACCCACACUCACACAACCAUGGCGAUGUUAACUGCUCCGCCGGUGCUUCCGGUGAGAAGAAGAAGCCGAAGAAGACUUACAGAAAGGUUAGGGAUGCUGACAUGAAGGGUCCAUUCAACUGUCAGUGGAGUGGAUGUUCUCUCAUCUUUGAGACUCCAGAGCAGUUGUACGACCACUUGUGUAAUGAGCACGUUGGCCGCAAGUCCUCCAACAACUUGUCUUUGACUUGUGACUGGGACAACUGUGGUGUUACCACUGUCAAGAGAGACCACAUUACCUCUCACUUGCGUGUCCAUGUUCCUUUGAAGCCUUACCGCUGUGACUUGUGUACCAAGAGUUUCAAGAGACCUCAGGACUUGAAGAAGCACUCUAGAACUCACGAGGACGAACACCAGCGUAAGUUGAAGAAGUCUCAGAAGAUGAACGAGAAGGAAGGCGAGAAGCAGUACCCUGUUCCAGUGUUGCCUCCACAUCACGGUCCAUUUGAUGUUGGUUCCGCUUACUACCCUACUUUGGGUAACGAAAUGACGCAACGUCAAGAAGUGUUCGACCUCAGUACUAGCCUCCACCCACAGCACAGCAACCAGCCUCCUUCUGACACCAAGAAGAGAACUUUGGACCACAACAUGCACAUGAUGAACGGUAUCCUCAGUGACUUCAACUUCUACGGUAGCCAGGACUCUAACAAGAGAACUAAGGUCGAGCCUCAGUACAACAUGGAGGUCUACAACCGUUUGAACCACGUGGACGGCUUCAUGAACAACCAGCCAAACUCCAACCACUCCUCGACCAGCAGCCAGGGAUCCGUGCUCCACUCGCACAACAUGAUUCCUAACCCUAACUCCCACUACUCCUACGGUGCUAACCCACAGACGAACUACUACGAGGCUGAGAAGUUCUUCAACAACUUGUCUUCCUCUAUUGAAAUGCAGUACCAGAGUAUGAUGGGUCCAAACGGCAGUACUCAGGCUGCUGCUCCAAACCAGCAAUACCCACAGCAGGCUCCUCAGCAGCAAUUGUACCCAAUGUUGCCUCAGUACCAGAACAAGCCUUACGACAACAACAGUCACUUCGUGAACAACCACAACUCUGGUUACACUCCAAAGUUCCCACAGGUCAACAGACAGCUCAGCGGUGGUCAGUACGGUGCCAACCCAUACGGCUCUGUGGAGUACGAGUCUAUUAGCAACACUCAGAAGUCUGCUAAGAAGCUCGAUGAUGACUCGUCUAAGGACAGUACUGAGGACGAUGAAGCUGACAUUUUGGCUAACUUCAACAAGUUGUCCAUCAACGACAAGAACUCUGCUGAGUUCGAUCUUGAAACUGUUAAGAGACACCGUGACAUGAUCAACUUCGUCUGCAAGCAGUUGGCUGCCAUGGGCCAGAAGAUGAAGGAGCAGGAGCACAAGCAGCAGGCCAAGGACGUUCGUAUCAAGGACAACAAACAAAGCUUGUACCCAACGAUCACUGCAUUUUAA